AUGUCUGAAGGUGGCGUGUUUGAAAAUCUGAAAAAGACAGAAGAAGAACAAGAUGAAAAAGAUGCUCGAGUACAACCAUUGCUGGCAAAGAAGGGCCAAACCUCUGAAGAGACCGAUUCAGGAUUGGGAUGGAUUAUUGUUUUCGCGUCUUUCUUUAACCACGUCAUGUUCUUCGGUAUAAACCUAUCGUUUGGUGUGAUAUACGUCUUUCUUUUGGAGUACUUUGACACGAAACGCGGGUACACAGCCUGGAUAGGCUCAAUCCCAACGGGCCUGCUCAGUAUUGUGGCCCCUGUUACAGGGGUCCUCACGGACAAAUAUGGCUGCCGUACUGUUACCUUAAUCGGUGCUGUCAUCGCUACUUCAGGAUUUGUAAUCAGCUCGUUUGCAACCAGUAUUGACUACCUCUACAUCAGUUACGGAGUUUUAGUAGGAAUUGGCCUGGGUCUGAUGUACUUACCAUCCAAGGUGAUAGUGAACCAGUACAUGAAGAAACGUCGAUCUCUGGCUAAUGGGAUAUGUUCAUCGGGAGGAGGCGCAGGAAUGAUGGCUUUCUCCACAAUGUUCCAAAUGCUCCACACAGCCUACGGUUUAAGGGGCAUGUUCCUGAUCUCUGGCGCGGUUGUUCUCAAUGCUGCAGUUUGUGGAUCUUUAUAUCGUCCCAAGAAACAAGGACAGAGGAAAACAUCCCCUGUAUCAGAAGGCAUUUGGACGGGGUUGAAGACAGUAGCUCUAUUAGAUCUAGUGGACCUCGAAAACCUGGGCAAGGGUCUGGGUCUGAUGAUGUUUUUACAAGGAUUUUCUGGCUUCAUCAGUUCCCCGCUAGGAGAGGAAAAAACUGAUUAG